AUGCUGCGUCUCAGGCCGACAGUUAUCUCUUUGGCCCCCUCAGAGGUGACCGAGCUGAUACAUCGCCGCCGCUUUUGGAGGUUCCUUGAAGUGGACGGCCGUGAGGGUGUUGGCUUUGCUCCGGCUGCGACCGAGGCGGCGUUCAACAGGGCCCAAUGUGAGCCCUCGUCCUCGCCGAGCCCUGGCCGGGACGCGAUCCCGGAGACGCACAGCCCCGAGGACGACCGCGGUCGGGUUCCCCUGGUGGUGGACUUGCCUGCUCUGCUGUCCGCUGAUCGGCCCGUUGAGGAGGAUAUCUCGUCCUUGUCCCCGGCUGACUUGUCAGGCAGACAGGAGGGCCGCCUGGAUGCUGCAGAACAACAUGAAGAGGGACCGGGACCUGGACCGGAACCGUCUAGGACUAUGCGACUGUGCAUGCGCCCCAGACGCGGUAGCCCGCCUCCCGCGAUGGCUGCCACUGCACCCAGGGAUGCGGGCUGCUCCUCUGUCUUGCACGAUGAACCCGGCAGCACGCCCGCAACGCCCGAGAACGGAGCCGAUCUGGAACGGAACGAGGCGGCAGGCUUCGGCACGCCGUCACCAACCUGGUCGCCAGGAACAAGUCUGACCUUGGCCUUUACCCAGGUGAGCGAACCGGACAUUCCAUCUCCUGAGCCCCGUUUCAUGGCCGCAGGUCGGCUGUGCGUCUACAACGACCUCCUACCGGCUUCAUCUCAGCCCCAGACUCCGCAACAACUGCCCGAAGCGCGACGCCAGAGCCGCCUGCAAGGAUCGUACACGGCCCCGGCCCGGCCCAUGUCUCCGCGCCCUCCCUGGACGCCUACGACGAGCCGCUCUCGGCGUGCUCUCACUCGGAGGAGGGAAGCCAGCCCGCUGGGACUACAGACGCCGGGCUUCCGCGGUCUAUACGGCGGCUUGGAGAACACGGAUGACGAUGCCUUGGUUGAGCAGAUGGCUGAGGAGAUAAGCCGAAGCGUUGCCAGACCACCCCAACCUGGCGGUUCAAUGCAACCCUCUUGA